CUUUUUCAUUUUACUAGUAUUUUUUCGUUGUUUUGUUUUGGUUAUAGCUUUAAAAAAGUGUUAAUAUGACAAAGAGAUGUAACACUAUUUCGACUUUUACACACACAUAAAUACGAGUACAUAAAAAAAGAAGCGAUGUUUACCUACUUGUAGUGCAUAAUACAGCGGUACUGCAAAGAGUAUAAAACACGGACAUAAAAUUACAGAAAUAUUGUUAAAAAAUAAAAAAAAAAUAACUUAUUUGCUAUUCGAAACUAUUAAAGAAUUUCCAAGAUUUAUUUUAUUUAAAACGGUACAAAUUAAUGUAUGUACAGUGGUACAAUCAAUCGCACGCUUUGAGUUUUCUAUAUAUUCAAGUUUUUAGAUAAUACUAUUUGCCAUAGCACAAUAAUCUAGUUAUCAACAAAAGCGAAUAGUAAGUCUUGAAGACAAAUAUAAUCUUGUCAGACCUUAGUUUGCAUUUGUAAUUUCAACAACAAACAACGUGAAGCAGCAGCCACAGCAAGGCAAGUGCUGACUGUGCGUCUUUAUAACUUAUUUAAUUUAAUUGCCUUCAAUUGGACUUGAAGCUUUAUCACAGCUUGAGUGGGUGGGUGGACAAUUAAACAUUUUGUUAUAUAAACAGCUGAAGCAUUCAAGACAUGGAUCAAGUUGAUAGUCCACAAAUACGCCGAUCUACAUCGAUGCCGGUUAAACCGCGACCGAUUGAACCCAAAUCACUCAAGCGUUCUGAAGAAAAGGAGCGCAUCAACGAUUCUGUCGACUAUUAUCCAGAGAGUCCAGUUGUGCAGCGCCGAAAGAAAAGCGAUUUAGAUGGACAUAUAAGUAGAAGUGCUAAUAAUGUGCCUUGCGCAAGCGAUUGGGUUGGUAGUACAAUUGAAUUGAAUCGUGAUUGCCGUUACAGUGAUCCAAUGUGUUCGCGACAUCGUCAUUAUCGUGUCAUAGAGAAAAGUGGUCAUGAAAAUGUCAGUUUUCGGCGUAUUCCACAGAAAUCGUGGCGCUAUGUUAGAGAUUUGGUAACCACAAUGAUUGAACUAGAUUGGAAAAUUGUGCUGACAAUUUUUAUUGGAACUUACUUCCUCACUUGGUUCUUCUUCGCCUUGCUCAAUUAUAUGAUUGCCUAUUCGCAUGGAGAUCUAAUGUUUGACGAAGUCACCGGCGAGCGUUUGGGCGAGGGCAAGGAACCAUGUAUUAAGGGCGUAUAUAAUUUCGUCUCGAUGAUCAUUUAUUCAGUGGAAACACAGACCACAAUUGGUUUUGGUGAGAAAUAUGCGAGCGACGAGUGUCCGGAAGCUAUAUUCCUAUUCGUAAUGCAAAUGAUAAUGGCUAUUGGAAUUGAAGGGAUGCUCGUCAGCAUGGUAUAUGCAAAGACGGCAAGGCCAGCAAAGCAAAUAACUAAAAUGAAAUUUAGCGACAAAGCGGUGAUUUGUUAUCGAGAUGGCAAACUUUGUCUCUUAUUUCGUGUUUGCGAUCCACGCAAACAACAAGUCAUCGAGUCGAAGAUACGCGUAUAUCUCAUAAUGGACAAAACCACACGCGAAGGUGAGUUCGUGCAAACACGCACUGAACUGAAAUUGGAUGGCAACGGUGAGCAAAUUAUUGUUUGGCCAGAAAUUGUAUGCCACAUCAUAGAUGAGACAAGCCCCUUGUACUAUUUGAAAUCGGCUAAAGAUUUGAAUGAAGCACAAUUUGAAUUGUAUGUAUCGAUUGUUGGUUGUUCUGCCGCAACCGCUAUGGUAACGGAGACACGCACUUCCUACAUGCCAUGUGAAGAUAUUUUCUGGGGACAGCGCUUUGUUAACAUUAUCAACUAUGACUCACGUAAUGAGCGUUAUAUCGUUGACUAUAGCAAUUUUAAUACAACUAUAUCGGUUGACAUGAAAACUAUCGACCAGGCUUGCUUGGAUAACAAGGCAUAAAUGAAAGUAAUGGAAAUGGAACACAAUUUGUGUUACUUAUAUAUGAUUUUUAAUAAUUUUGAUGUGUAUAAUAUUUGCAGUAAUUUUUUAAAACUCAAUUUAUUAACUGGCAAAACUUUAUAUUUGCACUAAUAAAGUAUACAAUUAUGUUAAACAUUUAA